AAAAAAAUCUGUGAUUGAGGAUAGAUGACUUCAAGGUCCACUAAGCGUGCUCAAGUCAAACUGGCGUGCUUCCUACACCCUGUCCAUGUCCACUGUCCCCCUGACAUCCGGGCCCGCACAUUGGUUUCCCUUCACAGGCUGGUAGCCUGUUCCCACGCAACCCAGGGUCGCAGGCCUUCCUCUUGCAUACGGACAGGGCCCCGUGCGUACAAAUAAGCCAAGCUGGGCGGCCACACGGGCACGAACUUGACACGCGCCUCCUGCCCGCCGCCGGUUGCCGCCGCAGCUCUCACGGCGACGCCGGCACGUCACGGUUCGCCGGUCCGCCCUCGCGCACACUGUUUUUGGUAAGGGGCCAAUAAUCAUGAAAGGCAGGCAAGGCAGUACGCCGAGAAAGCGCUAAGCUUUGGUCACGGGAGAUCGCAAGAACCGCCUAGGACUCUGUCUCUAAGAAGGAGGUUCGUCGUGCCUCGGAUGAGAUGGGCGGCGGCGGAGGAGGCGGCGGGAAGUCCGAGAAGGCGCGGCGUUCGUCGUCGGCGCGGGUGAAGCUGUGGGUAGCGCGCGCCAGCACCGUGCUGCUCUGGACGUGCGUCGUCCACCUCGCGGCCUACCGGGAGCUCUGGGCGCCCAGCGUGCUCACCAGGUGGCCUGGCUGCCUCAACCACCCGCACGUCGUGCAGAAUCCAUCGGAGGAGGUGGCGGUGGCUGUGGCGGACGCCGGCCAGAGGCAGGCAGCGCGCGCCGUGGUGCUUCCACCCAAAAGAAUCUACAAGAACAAUGGCUAUCUGAUGGUCUCCUGCAAUGGUGGGCUUAACCAGAUGCGAGCAGCAAUUUGUGAUAUGGUAACGAUUGCACGGUAUCUGAACGUUACUCUAAUCGUACCAGAGUUGGAUAAAGCUUCAUUUUGGGCUGAUCCCAGUGAUUUUCAAGAUAUAUUUGAUGUGGACUACUUCAUAGCAUCACUAAGAGACGAGGUCCGAAUUCUGAGACAACUGCCUCCAAGGCUUAAAAGAAGAGUGGAAAUGGGAUUUCUUCGGUCCCUGCCACCAGUCAGCUGGUCUGAUAUCACCUAUUACCGUCGUCAGAUUCUACCUCUGAUAAAGAAGUACAAGGUCAUUCACCUAAACAGGACAGAUGCUCGCCUUGCAAAUAAUGGCUUACCCAUGGAAAUUCAGAAACUAAGGUGUCGUGUCAAUUACAAUGCUUUGAGAUUUACCCCUGAAAUAGAAAAUCUGGGCAGACGUUUGGUUCAAGUUCUUCGCCGGAAUGGACCCUUUGUAGUUCUUCACUUACGGUAUGAGAUGGACAUGCUUGCCUUCUCUGGAUGCACACAUGGUUGCAGCAAUAUGGAGGCUGAAGAGCUCACGAAAAUGAGAUAUGCCUACCCAUGGUGGAAGGAGAAAGUGAUUGACUCUGAUGCCAAGAGGAAAGACGGGCUCUGUCCUUUAACACCGGAGGAGACUGCACUGGUGUUGCAGGCACUCGGCAUUGAUCGCAGUUAUCAAAUUUACAUUGCCGCAGGUGAAAUAUAUGGUGGACAAAGAAGAAUGGCUGCUCUUACCUCGGCUUAUCCCAGUGUGGUUAGAAAAGAGACAUUAUUGCCUUCAGAACUCAGUCUUUUCCAGAACCAUUCUUCCCAGAUGGCAGCACUGGAUUAUAUGGUAUCCUUGGAGAGUGAUAUUUUCAUACCCACUUAUGAUGGUAACAUGGCAAAAGUCGUAGAAGGUCAUCGCAGAUACUUGGGAUUCAAGAAGACGGUACUGCUAGAUCGGAGGCAUAUUGUCGAGCUUGUUGAUGAGUACAGAAAUGGCACAUUGAGCUGGACUGAUUUCUCCUCUGCUGUCAUGGCGUCGCAUAUCAGCCGCAUGGGUGAACCGUCUAGGAGGCAGAUGAUUCCGGACAAACCCAAGGAAGAGGAUUACUUCUAUGCGAACCCUCACGAGUGUUUGCCUGUAGAAGAUUUCUCAGCCUUGUGAUACCCGCGGUACAGUGAAUGCGCGGCCUUUCAGAGCUCAGAACCAUAUAUAUAGCACACUCGACAGGAUUGGCAAGGAUUAUGCGUGUUGAGUUGGCAAUAAAAGGAGGCCUCGUUUGUUCUGAUGAACAAGCAUAUGAGAUGAGAUGAGAUGAAGGACCUCCUCCUUCGGUUAGUUAGGUUAGAUACAGAUUCAUGAAAUGAUUCACCGAUUCUUUUUUGUUCAGAAUAAACAGACCUUCUGCUGUUGUCAUUUGUACAGAUGAAUGAAGAUAAUAGAAUUGGGAUUGGUUAAUGUCAUCAAA